GUCCGGCUUUCGAUCAUGACAAGCAUCUAGUUUGGACAAUUGGAUACAAUACAACGGGCAGCCCCUCCUUUGAUACUGUUGCUCACAAGCGUGCCAUGAGAAAGUUGUCGUCAUGCCCAUUAUGAACAAGCUGCUUGGUAUCACGAUAGCCGCUUUGGCUGCAAGCGCCCACGCCAGAACACUAUGGUCGUCUAAGCCUGCGGAUGCUGGCCCGCGCUCUGGUCAGGAAUACAUCCUCAAGACGGCCUAUCCACUGGGCAAUGGGCGGCUGGGAGCUACACCUUACGGUGCCCCUGGGUCGGCCGGGCUGAUGCUGAACGUUGAUUCGCUGUGGUCUGGCGGACCGUUUGAGGCAUCUUUCCGUUUCGAAGGUUGGUCUCUCGCUAAUCAAAAUGGGGAAACUUCUCAGAACUACACUGGCGGGAACCCGCUCGAGCCAAAGUACGAGGCGCUCCCCGAGAUUCGUAGCACCAUUUUCACAAACGGGUCAGGAGACAUGAGCGCAUUGCUUGGCUCGGGCCGCAAUUAUGGCUCCUACCGCGUCCUCGGGAAUCUCAGCAUCGCCCUCGAUGGGGCCGACGGAGGCUUCACUGGAUAUCGAAGGGAACUCGACCUUAAUACUGGGGUGCACACCACGAGCUUCACGUUGCCGUCCCCCAGUAGCGAAGAGGGAACGGGCAGGAAUGUGAGCGAAAGGACAUUCUGUUCUUUCCCAGACCAGGUUUGCGUGUAUCAGCUCACUCUGUCGUCGACGCCUGUGGGCGCAGAGGCGGCUUUGCCAGCAGUCAGCAUCCGGUUUGAGAACAUCCUGGUUGACCAGAGUCUUAUUCAACUCACUUGCCGCGACAACAUGGUGCGCCUGACGGGCGUCACGCAGGCCGGUCCGCCCGAGGGAAUGAAGUACGACAGCAUCGCCCAAGUCACGGACAACGCCCACGCUGGGCAAACGACAUCUUGUGACGAGACAGGGACGCUGACAAUCACCCCGGGCCAAGACCAACAGUCGAUCACGGUGGUCAUCAGCGCAGGCACCGACUACGACCAGACCAAGGGCAACGCAGAGAGCGGCUACUCGUUCCGCGGCGCCGACCCAGGCCCGCAGGUCGAGCAUCAGGCUUCCUCCGCGGCUGGCAAGCCGUUCGCCGACCUCCUCGCCGCACAUAUGGCCGACUACACGCGCCUCGCGGGCGCCUUCGAGCUGGACCUCCCAGACCUGGACAACUCGGCCGCGAUAGAGACGGCAGACCUGAUCUCGCAGUACUCUGUCGACGGCACGGGCGACCCGUACCUCGAGGCCGCGCUCUUCGACUACGGGCGAUACCUGCUCAUCUCGUCCUCGCGGAGCAACUCCCUCCCGGCCAACCUGCAGGGCCGGUGGGCAGAAGGGAUCGACUCGGAGUGGGGCGCAGACUACCACGCCAACAUCAACCUGCAGAUGAACUACUGGCCGGCGGAGCAGACGGGCCUGACCGAGACGUACGAGGCCCUGUGGAGCUACAUGCGGGAUACUUGGGUUCCCAGGGGCACCGAGACGGCGAGGCUGCUGUACGGAGCGGAGGAGGGGUGGGUUGUGCACAACGAGAUGAAUGUGUUUGGGCACACGGCUUUGAAGGAGGAGGCUGGAUGGGCAAACUACCCCGUGGCCGCGGCAUGGAUGAUGCAGCACGUCUGGAACAACUUUGACUACACCCAGGACACGGCCUGGCUGCGCGACUCGGGCUACCCACUGAUCAAGGGGGUCGCGCAGUUCUGGCUCUCGCAGCUCCAGGACGACGCCUUCACGGGGGACGGCACGCUCGUCGCGAACCCGUGCAACAGCCCCGAGCACGGCGGCACGACGUUCGGGUGCGCGCACUACCAGCAGGAGAUCACGCACGUGUUUGCGGCCGCGCUGUCGUCCGCUGCUGCUCUCGGGGCCACAGAUGACAACGACGACGAGGAGUUUCUGGCCAGCGUGGCCGCGAAGCUGGACAAGCUGGAUAAAGGCCUGCACUACGCGUCCUGGGGCGGGCUUAAGGAGUGGAAGCUCCCAGAGUCGUACGGCUGGGACGUGCCCAACACGCACCGCCACCUGUCGCACCUCACGGGCUGGCAUCCCGGGUGGGCCAUCUCGUCGUUCCAGGACGGGUACCGGGACGGGCAGGUCCAGGCGGCCGUCGAGCAGACGCUCGUCUCGCGCGGGCCGGGCAACGCCGAGGACGCCAACGCCGGGUGGGCCAAAGUGUGGCGGUCCGCGUGCUGGGCGCGGCUGAACAACACGGAGCGGGCGUACUGGGAGCUGCGGUACGCGAUCGAUGUCAACUUUGCGCCCAACGGGCUCAGCAUGUACAAGGCGACGAAUCAGCCGUUCCAGAUCGAUGCCAACUUUGGGCUGGCGGGCGCGGUGCUGAGCAUGCUGGUCGUCGACCUGCCGUUGCCGCACGAUACUGCCGUGAAUGCUGCUGCUGCUGGGUUGGAGGAUGCGAGGACGGUGGUGUUGGGCCCGGCGAUUCCAGCGAGAUGGGGCGGAGGCAGCGUCAAGGGGCUUCGCAUCCGUGGUGGUGGCUCCGUUGACUUCAGCUGGGAUCAGAAUGGCCUGGUCAAGGACGCGCUGGUGAUGGGAAGUAAAUCAAAGGUCAGGCUCGUGAACGUAGAGGGAGAUGUGCUGGCCGAGGCAUGAGCCAGCCCAGGUUACACAGUGUUUGACCAGAGCAAAACCACCAGAACUGCUUGGAUAGAAUUUGAGUCGCAAAAGAGAAG